CCUUGGAGCAUAAUUUGUAUUAAAUUUAGCAUUCUAAAAUCAACUAUAGAGUCUAAAAAGGUCUAUUUCAAGGAUAUUUUUGAGUACCAGUCUUUCAAGGAGUCACUUUUGAAAAAUAACUUUAACUUAUCUUGCUUGAAAACUUGAAAUCUGAGAAAUAUGAAAGUCACAGACAAUAAGCCAAGUAGGAGGAUGACUAAAGUUAGUUUCCAUCCAGAUUUUGCCCCUCGAAGUACGAUUUCAAGUGGGAAGCAUAAUAAAAUAUCUUGUAUGCAAGGCAGCUUUAAUCAAAGGAGUUCCAGGCAGAUUGCUGUAAACCCUUUCAGGCGUAAUUCAAUUCAUUCGAGUCGGUUGAGGUUCAAUGAUGACCAGAUGCAGAAGAAGAUAAAUAUGUACAUAAACCCGUACAACAAGAGCAUAGUGGCUCAUGAGCAUGUUGACUUCGAUGCAGAAAAUCGCACUGAAGAGAUGGUGACCAGCUGUGAGCAGGCCGAGACGAAUUGGGGAAAAAUCAAGAAUUUCAUCCUCCAAAGUGACUCAAAGCACUUUAAGGAAAACUGUAAACUGAUUAAAGGCGAGCUCUGAAAUAAGAAGAGUUUCAAAAUUUCCAAGGUUAAAUCUAAGCGAAAGAAGAAUAACUGACAAAAUCCAAAUUUCUCUAGCAUCGUGAAGAACAUACUUGGGAAGAAGAACCCUAUAGCGUUGAUAAAAAAGUCGAGUACAAAGCUUCCUGCCAAGAAAGCUAAUAAUUGCAGAUUAACUGUUGCAAGUCUAGAGCCACAAGUUGCGACUCCCAAAAUGAUGAAAACAAUAUCUAUGAGGCCUAGUCAAGGACCUACUCCGGACAAAAAUGAGCCUAAGAAUGCUGAUAUAGACUGGAUAUUCACUCCAGUAGUAACUAAGCAUAUACCUCGCAAAAGAAAUAAAAUUGACAGCAAGUUUAUACUCAAGAACUACUAUGGCAAAUAAAGCGUCUUUCAAAGUAAAUAGCUUGAUCGGGAAGCCUUCCAGUCAGGACACAGUCGAUGAGGAAGACACACAGUUGAUGAACAAGACUCUGCAGAAGUCAGACAUCUCGCUUGAUGACUUUUUCACUACUCUUGAUGACAAUGGUGAGAAGAAAGAAAAAGCAAAGAUAAAGAUCCCCUCAUCGAGGCCAAACGAAAAGCCGGCACGGAAAUCAGUAGAUGCACCAGUUAAGUCCAGGAAUAUAUUCACAUCUCAUGAUGCAACCAAACGGAGAAGGAUAAAUGCCAAUAUUAAGGGCAGAUCUAACUCCUUGAUUGAAGAUUACCUCAAGACUACAUCUUUCUACAAUUGUGACAGAAUCCCAAGGAAGAAGGUCCUAGAUCAUUCUUAUCAGAACAGGAAGAUACUACCAAAGACCUCACAGUUUGGUCGUAACCAUAAAAGAUCAAUGUAUCGAAGCCUGGAUUAUUAAUUUAUUCGAUUUUAAGUUAAUAUGCUAAGAUAAAUUCUGGAA